UGUCUGCUUUGUUUUCUGUCGUAUUUUUGGUUUUCUGUCUUGUGUGGUUGUGUUCCUUUUGUCAGUCUCACCGCAUUUCAUUUGCUAAUUAUCCACAGCUGCCUUUACUUAGGUUAAUUAUCCUCAGCUGCCUUUACUUAGGUUAAUUAUCCUCAGUGUAUCUACCGGUAACAAGUUUCUAUUUUUUCAGGUUCAUUGUUGUCCUCUUAUCUGUGUUGUCACAGUUUUUUUUAUUUUUUUUAAAUGUAAUUAUCUCCCUUAUUUCACCAGUUGUUCUUGUUAAACCUUUGAGUUUCCGUCCAAACCCUGGUCUCCUGCAUUUAGGGGUCUGGUUAUUGACAUGCUUCAGAAAUAAACAUGAGUCUGUUGGAGGAAGAGGAGCAAUAAGAAGACUUUAGGAAUCAGGAUCCCUGUGGCUUUUUCGUGCUCUGAAUUCAACUCGGAUUAAGAUGGAGCAAACAGCUGGAAGUUCUUCCGCAUCGGGCCAAAAUUCUGUCAGAGGUGGGCCGCCUUCCAGCACAAGAGGGUUCCCAGGAGAAAUCAGUGACUUCAUGUCCCGUUUCCACGGUGACGGGGUUCGCUACAGGGCCAAGCUGAUUGGCUUGGACCCAGUACCUGACGCACGUGGAGAGAAAAUGUGCUGGGAUUCCAUGAUGAAGCUAAAGGGCUUGGAGGGUGUUGCACGAAAACAGGGUAAACACAAGCAGAAGAUUUGGCUGAAAGUUUCCUCCAAUGGCUUGAAAAUUGUGGAUGAAAGGACUGGGUAUGUUCUUCAUGACCAGGAGAAGAGCAGGAUCAGCUCACUGACAAAGGAUGGUUCCGACCCCAGAGCUCUGGCUUACAUCUAUCAACAUGAAGAUUCUUAUGUCCUGUUUUACAUCAAGACAGCCUGCCUGGCAGAUCCAGUUAUUAAUGACAUUAAAGAAGUUUGCCAGAACGUGGAGCCAAAGCCUUCAGAUCAACCCACAAAAGCACAGGUUUCCCCUGUGAUUGAACAGAACAUUUUGGUUUCUCCAGUUCAGGAAGCAUUAACUGGGAAUGUGCAGAAAGAGCCUGAGCUUCCAUCAUCACAGCCAAAGCAGCAGUCCUCUUGCAGUAAUGAACUGAUGGAAGUGUUUUCCAGUCCACUUCCAGAUCCUCUGUCACCCCAAGAGAACGCCUGCAUAGGUGAAUUGGACCCGGCUGCACAAUACACAGGGCCUCCGGCGGAAACCUUCUCCAAAGAUCAGAUCCUCUCCAUGUUCCCCUCACAGCAAGGUGGAGGGCCUCUAUACUCUACCACCAUGAUGCCUUGGGCUCAGCCGGGGUUUCUGGGAAACCAGAGUGCAGGUGGCUGGAACGCCGCACCUGUCAGCUCUCCUGCUUGGCCACCAUCAAGUGUCUCACCACUCCCUGCAGGAAUCCAGCCUCAGCCUCACUUUGGCUACAGCCCCCACCCUGGAUUUACAGAAAGAAGUGUAGCAGGUGAUCCUGUAGUUUCUGUUGGGCACCCCACCGCUUUGGGCUCUCUCUGCCCCACCUCUGGAACAAAUGCAGCUCGGGAAUCAAACUCCCUGGAUAUUAACUCUCUGUUGUAAAGACCUGCUCAGACAUGGGAACAUUUAGCGUAAAAGUCUGAAUUCCUUUUCUUGCGAACAUAAUUCAUCAUGAACUACAUUUAUUAUAUUAAUUAAAUACAUACUGUGCAUGAAAAAUGCUGGAUCGCAAACAAAACAUGAAAGAAAACAUUUCAACUAUAGCUUAAUUUCAAAUUGAUUACUAGACAGUUUUUCUUUAAAAUACUGGACAGAUGUAAUCUGGAUUCACAUGAAAUGCUUACUUCAGAAUUUGUCUGUUCUUCCUUGAUUUUAACUUUAUUUUAGGAUCAGAGUCCACAUUUAAUGAAGGUUUUCAGGACACAUUCCUGCAAGAAUCAAUCGUUUUUUUUCCCACUUAAGAAAACAGCAAUACUCUAUUUAUGUUUGCUCUCUGAUUGUAAAAUUAUUAAAACAUAAGAAACAUAAAAAGAUGGCAUUAAAAAUCUGCAUCAAUGAAAAUCCCGCAUCCACUUCCAGACUGUCUUAAAACUGUACUGCUGGAUAGCCCCAAUGUUGCUCACCAUUUUUGUUUCACCAGUAAUGUUAGGUUGGGGUUGUGAGGGGCUGUAAGCUAGCGGGAGAGAGUGUAAACAAAGGGGUGAUGGGAAGUGAAGGCAGGGUUAAACCGCACUAACAGUCCCGCCAACAACUCAGAGGCAAAUUUCUAGCGAACAACUGCAGCUUUGCAGAGACUAUGUCCUAGAAAAUGACACAGCUUUUUUGGUUUUGGCUAAAAACAGCGUAAUCAUAAUGUGGGACUUUAAACAGAUGUUUCAAUAUAUACUAAAACCUUGUAGUGUGAGAUAAUUAUAGUUUAAGUUUUUUUUUACCAACUGUAACAAACCCUCACAUCUUCUACAUCUAAUGUGUAGGUUAAUUUAUGAUGGGAAUUUUUAUUUUAUGGAUGGUUUCUCACACGGUUUCUUGUUUAUUUGAAUAAAAACUCCAAAUUAA